CCAUGACUGUACAUGUCACUUCAUCCCUAAAGUCACCAACUGUACUUGGGCACGCUCAAUAAAAGAUAACCUCAAAAUAAACCGCUUGUUUUGUGUUGUUUCGUUUUUAGUGUUUUCAAUAAAUAAUACAAAAAUGUCAGAUGAGGACGUAAUUAAAAGAAGAUUAAUUUUUGAUGGGGAUGGUACGGGUGAUGACAGACGUCUUAAUUUAAUGCUAAAAAUGCUAGGAAAAAUAAUAAAUUCUGCAGACGAUAACUCCAAGGAAAACCAGCAGAUGUAUGACAAGCUUUUAGGCCAAAUAAACCUAUGUGAAUUGUCCAGGAAACGUUCGAGUUUAUUAUCAAAGUCCAAUGAAACACAGUUAACCAAAUACAUGGAAUUAUACAGUGAAUACGAGCGAAAAAUAACCGAUAUUAAACAUGAAAUAGAAAGGCAGAAAAGCGAGUUGGAAAAAUCUAAAAGGGUCAAGCAAAACAAAAUAAUGUACGACCUAUUAGCAAAAAGUAUCGAUCAGGAACCAGCUCGUAAGGAUACAAACGAAAAACUGACGUUACUGCAGAGUGAAAUUAAGGAAUUAAAUGAGGUUAGAAGGAAGUAUGAUCAGAAGUUAGACCAAAGACGUAAGCAGUUCCACAUAUUAUCCACCUCUGCUAAUAUGUUGCAUGAAAAAAUCGAAAAUGAGGAUAAGACGGAACAAAAUUCAAUGAAUGCCUCUUUGGAUGAUAUUACCAACAGCCCUGGACCUGAGCCAAUGUCUGAAUGAUAAUGAUUUGAUUGUUUUUGUGUUGUAUCUAAUUUAAAUAUUACUAUUGAUGUAGGUAUAGAUUUUAUAAUACUUACAUAAUAAAUCUUUGCUAUAAUU